GCAAGCGGGGAUGAGCCCGUGCACUCGCCCACCGCUUCCACGACUCGGUUCCGAACGGCUCGCGGGUUGCUCCAAAGCGGUUCCACUGUGCCUAUAUCAAAGUUGAGUCGAUGGCUCCUUUGCGUUUUAUUUUAAACCGUUCUUUCAACCUAAAGGUGGGGUGGGGGGAUUUUUAAGUGACCUUCAAAUGCCAGAAUGAUGGGGGGUUUCUGGGAGUUGGUCCAGUUAAAGACACCGAGGCUGCUCUAUAAAACCGACGCCUGCAUGCCACGGAGCUAUCUCGGCUUUAAAAGAAAUGCUGCACAGAGUGAUUAUUUAACUUCAGCAUUAUUUGCUCCUCCCGCACACAAUGCCUUUUUCUGACUUUGUCUUGGCCCUAAAGGACAAUCCAUAUUUUGGGGCAGGCUUUGGUUUAGUUGGUGUGGGCACAGCCUUGGCCCUGGCACGUAAGGGGGCCCAGGUUGGCAUGAUGGUUUUCAAACGGCAUUGUAUGAUCACCCUGGAAGUACCAGGCAGGGACAAGAGCUACCACUGGCUGUUGAACUGGAUAUCUCACCAUGCUAAGCACACCCAGCACCUGAGCGUGGAGACUUCUUACCUGCAACAUGAGAGUGGCCGUGUCAGUACAAAAUUUGACUUUAUUCCCAGCCCUGGGAAUCAUUUCAUUUGGUAUCAAAAGAAGUGGAUCCGUAUAGAACGGAACCGGGAGAACCAGAUGAUUGAUCUCCACACAGGCACUCCUUGGGAGUCUGUCACGUUUACAGCAGUUGGCAAUAAAAGAGAUAUUUUUUUCAACAUCCUGCAAGAAGCCAAGGAAUUGGCUCUGAGGCAGCAAGAAGGCAAAACAGUAAUGUAUACAGCAAUGGCUGCUGAAUGGCGGCCAUUUGGUUUCCCACGACGACAACGCCCACUCACCUCUGUAGUGUUUGACAAAGGAAUAUCAGAGAGGAUUGUGCAAGAUGUGAAAGAAUUCAUUGAUAACCCCAAAUGGUACAUUGAUCGAGGAAUACCUUAUCGGAGAGGAUACCUACUGUAUGGGCCCCCAGGUUGUGGCAAGAGCAGUUUCAUCACAGCCCUGGCUGGAGAAUUGCAGUACAGCAUCUGUCUUCUGAGCCUUAGUGAUCGAAGUCUCUCGGAUGAUCGCCUCAAUCAUUUGCUGAGUGUAGCUCCACAACAGAGUAUCAUUCUCCUGGAAGACAUAGAUGCGGCCUUUGUCAGUCGGGACCUUGCUGCUGAAAAUCCCGUUGCAUAUCAAGGCAUGGGACGCUUAACUUUCAGUGGCCUUCUCAAUGCAUUGGAUGGCGUAGCGUCUUCUGAAGCCAGACUAGUAUUUAUGACUACUAAUUAUGUGGACAGGCUGGAUCCAGCCCUGAUUCGCCCAGGCCGAGUAGACCUCAAACAAUACAUUGGGCAUUGCUCGGAGUGGCAGUUCAAACAGAUGUUCCAGAGAUUCUAUCCAGACCAGCCAUCUGCUGUAGCGGAGCAGUUUGCUAAACGAGCCCUGUCUGUCUCUGAUCAAAUCAGUGCUGCACAACUUCAAGGUCAUUUCAUGGUACACAAAGCAGAUCCAGCUAAAGCCAUUCAGAAUGUAGAGAUGCUUAUAUCUUGAUUCUGAGCAAACACUGAGAAAACAUUGAAGGUAGUUGCGUGGGCUGUUCACCCAGCACCCAGUAACUAAGGGUGAUACCAUCAAUAUUUCUGCCUCAGUGAGGUGGUCCUUUUUGUAAAAAAUAAAAAAAGAAUAAACCAAACAAUUUCAUUGCAUAUUUCUUAAAAAGAAAUUGGGGGUUCAGCUUGAAUGAGUUCUCCCUUCUCUUCAAACGAGUCUGUGCCUCAAUAAUCACUUAGCAAUAUACUGAGAAGGCACUUGGCUCUUCAGAAUGUGGAUGGCUCUAGUCUCAGGCAUACCAUUCAACUUUAAGUAACAUACAGGCUCCAGGUUAACUGUAUGCCUGGGCAGUUCAAUAGACUGCAAAUAGAUUAGUUUUAAUUUUGCUUGGAGGAAAUGAAAUCUGUCUACUGGCAUUAGGAGUUAAACGCUUUUUAUAGAAUAUGAUAUUGAAAUAGAGCUGCUCACAUUGCUCUAUGUUGCUCUCGAUCUGUUAGACUUCCAUUCACUUUGUACUGAGAACAUAGCCUAUAACUGUUCCAGCCCAUUCUUGCAAAUACCAUCAAAUGCAGACAAGGAAGAUUCGUGCUACUCUUACUUUUCAACCAUUAAAGAACCAAACUUUUUUUUAGAUCAGUGUCACUAGCACACCCAUUUGUGGUGCAUGAUAACCCUACAAAAGUUCUGGAAAUUGUAUACUGAUAUAAAUUUUGAUUUCUGAGAACUACUGAAUAACACGUAUGUGGGUGUAUGUGAGCAAAAACACAUUUACAUUUUCCCCUCUCCACUACUGUGGUACAAUACAAUCCUCUGAUUCCAAGAUUGGGUACAACAAAUUUGGGCCAAAAAUGGUAGAAGAGAAGAAAUCACUGCUUGCAUUGCUUUUAAUAUUUCUGGCACACUGACAUUUAGAACUGAAGGCUCAGUCUAAUCUCUUUUGAAAUACAAGAAUCUCAAAACUCUGGAGAGCAACUGUUUAAUCAUAUAAAAUAAAAGGUACUUUGGUACUGACAGUAGUGAAAUGAUCACUAAAAAAAAAAAACACACCCUCACAUCCCAGUAUGAAUAACUGCAGACUUCUGCGGUUCAUUUACACAUAAAAGGAUUAAUAGGAUUAAUUUCCAGGGCUAGUUCUACAUUAUGUAAUCUGAUAUUAUAGUGCACUCUUUUGCCAUCAUGUUUAGCACGAGUGACCAUAAAUAGUAAGCAAUGUG